GGCCGUUCCGCCCUCAGCCGGCGCUCGUGCGGCCCAGUCACCGCGGGCCAUGGGGGAGCGCCGGGGGCGAGCGGCCCUGCGGGAGGCGGCCGGGCCGGAGCGGAGCUCCUCUCCAAGUGAAAAUGGCUUGAAACCUCACGAGGAGCCUCUUCUCAGAAAAAAUCCUCGUCGGUUCGUCAUCUUCCCCAUCCAGUACCCGGACAUAUGGAAAAUGUACAAACAGGCCCAAGCCUCUUUUUGGACGGCAGAAGAGGUGGCACGCUUUAGUCAGGAGGUGCAGAUCCCAGAAGCUCGUUGUUUCUAUGGCUUCCAGAUUCUCAUUGAGAACGUUCACUCAGAGAUGUACAGCUUGCUUAUAGACACUUACAUCAAAGAUCCUGAAAAAAGGGAUUUCUUAUUUAAUGCUAUUGAAACAAUGCCUUGUGUCAAGAAGAAAGCAGACUGGGCUCUGAAGUGGAUUGAAGACAGACAAUCCACUUUUGGUGAGAGAGUGGUUGCCUUUGCUGCAGUUGAAGGCAUCUUCUUUUCGGGUUCAUUUGCUGCUAUAUUUUGGCUGAAGAAGAGGGGCCUGAUGCCUGGAUUGACUUUCUCCAAUGAACUUAUUAGCAGAGAUGAGGGUCUACACUGUGAUUUUGCUUGUCUAAUGUUCCAUUAUUUAGUGAACAGACCAUCAGAAGAGAGGGUCCGGGAGAUCAUUGUUAAUGCUGUCGAAAUUGAACAGGAGUUUCUCACAGAGGCAUUACCCGUAGGUCUGAUUGGAAUGAAUUGCACUUUGAUGAAGCAGUAUAUUGAAUUUGUUGCAGAUCGGUUACUAAUGGAGCUUGGGUUCUCAAAGGUUUUUCAUGCAGAAAAUCCUUUUGAUUUCAUGGAGAAUAUUUCUCUGGAAGGAAAAACAAAUUUCUUUGAGAAGAGGGUUUCGGAGUAUCAACGUUUUGCUGUUAUGGCAGAAACAAUGGACAAUGUUUUCACUCUGGAUGCAGAUUUUUGAUGCCUUGGCAAAUUAGCACUGACUGUCUCCCUCUCCCCAUCUCACUUUCUGCUGUGAAGUUGUCUCCAUUUCCUCUGCUGGAGUUGGAGUCUACUGGGAUUUUUUUCCUGGGUUUUCAUGUUGUUUUUUUGAAGAGUAAAUGCAUUUUGCUCUGUGUUACUAAGAAAAAGAAAAAAAAGAAAAAGGAAUUCUUUUUAAAAAAUUUGUAAGGCUUUUUAAAAGGACAGCCUUUUUAAGAUUCAUGUGGUUAAUCUGCUGUAAUUGCUGUCUUUAAAGAUGAUCUGAGUACUGCUACUUUUUUAAAGACUUCAGUGCUGUUUUAAGAAAGCAGUCGGCUUACUUACCUCCUAUUGUAGUACUUUAGUCUGAAAAAACAGAUGAAGUAUCACUCUAUGUAUAUAUGUUGCUAUAAAUUAUUUUCAUGGUUACUAUUUUCAUGUUUAUAAAUCUGAUCAACAGUAGAAGCUCUUCCCUUUUGUCCUGCUGCAGAUAGAGUAAUAAGGGAUUCUGAGAAGACAUGAGUUCGAUAAGGUAGGAGCUUGUUACACCCAGGGAUACAGUUUGAUCUCUGCAUUAACCUGGGUUCUAUCUGGAACAGUUUUUACUCAGUUUGCAAACACGAUGGCUGUCAGUAGGAGUACAAAACAAAUACAUAUGAGUUUUGUAUUGCAGCUGUUGUGAAGCAUGUCAGCAGACCUUGAGUGGUCCUUGACAAAGCAAGCCUGUUAAUAGUGGAGAAAAAACACAUCCUGUAGUUCUCUGCCUUGUGCUGUUUUUCACUACUUCUAUGAACAAGUGCCUUAUAGCGGUCUGUGGUUCUGCCAUGCUGCGCAGCUGGAACAGUGAGCACUGGGUGUUGUCUGUACUUUCUCUGUUGUGUUAGGUGGAUGUUCUCUCCUUCUCCAUUUCAUUGUGCACUGAUGAGAGGGAAAAGGCAUAUUGCUGCAAGGGAUGGUUCCUUGAGGUGCUACAAACAUGCUGCUUGAGCUGUGGAGAAGCACCAGUAACGUACUGAGGUGCUUCAACUUGUGUGUUUAAUGUGAACUAUUUAUUAAAAGCAUUGUCACAGCAGAACUUCUGCAGUAAGGUAUUAAAUAUUAAACCUUACAGAAACAAAUCUUGAAGUAGCAUGGAUUGGCAGCAUCUUACAAAGGACUGCUGUUGGAUUUUUAGUGUGCUUCAGUUUGCGCGCCCAAGAUUUGAAGUCCCUUUAUACUGCGUGCUGAGAAUAGGGCAUUUGAAGAAGACCUUAAAAUACUGCAGUGAUAGGGUGAAAGGGAUAUUAUUCACAUACAGGUGGAUUGUUUGCAAAUAGAGAGGUUUUUUUUUUUUACCCUAGGAUGACGUAAGUGUGAACGAGCUAGACAAAGAGUUCUGCUUUAUUAAACCCAAGCAUUUUUUCACAAGAUUAAGCAAUUUGUAUAAGAGCUUUUUUAAGUUCUUUCUGUUGUUGCAAACAUCUUGUGCUGCUCUAAAUAUACCUGGCAUGAGAUGAGCUGGCAGCGUUUAGUGGUGGUGGGGUGGUACAAGGUUGUUUCUCCAGCAGCCUAGAUUAGUCACAGCCCCAGGUAGCUGCACUCCAUGAAGUGAGUUCACUGCAGUAGCAUAGUUCCUAGUGAAUAGCUUUCUCUGCUGUGAACAUUAGCAGCAAAACUGACUUUUUGUUUGGCCACAGUAAGAUCAUGGAAUACUUAGUGAGCAUAUGAACAGGACAGCUUUUUGUUUUUUUCCUAGAGAAGAGCUUGCAUCAUUUGACAUAAAGUACUUGUGGGGAUAGAGGGAGACCUGGAAAAUACAGAGACAAAAAUAGAUCUGCUGUCGCUAAGUAAUGCUCUAUAACUGCAAGAGAACUGUGGAAUCCUGAGUUAAAAUCCAGCACCUUUUGCAAAUACUGUAUUGAUGUUGGAGAAUAUGCUGUAAAUGGAUCAGUUGUUGGAGGAAUGGAAAGUGUUUUGAUGUCAUUGAAAGAAAUAAAAAGCAUUUGUUUUGAGUGCUGUCAA